AUGGCUAAUGCUACAACCCUUUCAUGCCGCAUCUUCGGUCACUCAAUUCUUGUCAUCAAAGUGCUUUCUCAUCCGGAUCCGUUUUCCUUACGCAUAUGGUACAAGGAACAUUCUGAGUUGAAGCAUGAAGACGUUCAUUUCGACCUCGGUGACACGUUCCGCGCGUAUAGCGCAAGCGAAGGACAAGCAUACAUCAAGUGGCAUGGCAACAUCAGGAUUGUCGUCGACUUUUCCAAGAAUAUUUCAACUGAAGCCGAGCAGUCUGUCUCUUCCGGCCAAAGCAGUGAGCUCGUGCCUGCCACUGCCAGAAUAUUUAAGAGCUGUCCUCGAUUCCGAAUCCUGGUGAUAGGAAAGACUGGCGUUGGCAAGUCGUCACUAAUCGAUCACGUUUUUGGAGUAGGAAAGAAAACGGUGAAAAAAACGAUCGUUGCGCAUGAUAGGCCAGGCGAGGCCAGCAUCGACGACGAGUUCAUCUCGCCGGAGAACGACAGGUUUGUUCUCCACGACAGCAAAGGUUUCGAACCAGGGGAAGAAGACAACCUCAAUAUUGUCCAAGAUUUUAUUCGACGUCGGAGAGCAAUGCCUGAUUUGAAAGAUCAGUUGCACGCUGUUUGGCUUUGUUUUCAGAUACCUUAUGCAGGCGGACGUUUCCUGGAGACGGGGGCCAAGGAAUUCUUGACAUGGAAACGUGAUGGAAUCCUGGGAGACAUUCCCGUUGUCGUGGUUCUUACUAAAUACGAUAUGCUCAUUGAUCAGAUCGAGCUAGAUCUAGAUGAAACCUCUAUUGAUGGAUCGAGUGACCAAGAGAUAAAGGAACUCGUCAAGAACAAAGCAGAUAUCGAUGUUCACGAUAACUGCAUUGUACCUCUAAAGCAAUUUGCAGGGCCUGAUAUUCCACACGCUACGAUCUCCACCGAAGAUAAUUACAAGGAGACGCUCGCCCGCCUGAUCGAAAUAACUGAAAACUACGUCGGCCAGCAUUCUACGCUUGACGCUGCGGUGAUGACCUCCAUUGCCCAGCGGGUGCAUCCUGGACUUAAAAUGGAGGCAUUGAUCGAAGUUGGGAAGAAAAGAUAUUGGAAGGCGCUUGGAUCAUGCCCAUCGUUCAAGAAUCGCCAGAUGCGGGAUUGUCUGGAUGUGCUUCACGCUGACAUCGUCGAUGUAUGGAACUUCCGUGACCCUCAAAAGUACUUGCGCAGUCCAGAGUUCAGGGCAAUGAUAAUGAACAUGGUCGAUGAGAUACAAGUUGGUCCCAUAGUUGAUCCCACCAAGACCAUAGUAACUGGGUUCACCAUGCUUGGUACUCUCACAACCAUCGUGUCAGCCCUGGCGGCACAUGCGGCUCCCAUCGUGAUACCAAUCGCAGCAGGUGCCGUAAUUGCUGUAUGGGCUCAAGAUGUAUACCAAACAUCCGACGUGGCGCUUCGACGUUUGAUGACCUACAUCAUCCACCUAACACUUGUGUUGCAGACACUUUUUAUCGUGUCAGAAAGCCAAGAACUCACUCGUAGGGCCAUCAAACUCGCAGUCAAAUCCUACCUCGCCUCUCCAAUGAGCGGAGAAGUUCUUGUUCGAAUUCAGGAUUAUAUCAGGCCAUUGACCGUCCUGGACCGCGCGGAUAGCGAUACCUUGAACAAGAUCGAAGAGGUGAUACAGUUUUAUAAGAUCGAUGCGGCAGAAAUGUCCAAACUUCGGGUAAAGCACCCUGUAGAUUUGGCGGACGAACCAUGGUAAAUCGAGAAGUGGUAGCACCCGAUUGUUUCUUUCGUGGAUGGUUUUGCGCAUGGGCAGUGUCAGUGCUGACACGAUUACAGACAGUGCUCGCUUGUACUAUACAACUGGAUUUAUGGCCAAUCAUAACAAUGUAACCUACGUCAUUACUGUGUUCUAUCAACGUCGUAUACUUACUGCUAGACUCGAGCCCUCCAACGUGCCAACAUAAAUAUUGUAACAGUUCAUAAAAACUUGGCAUCAUGCAGACAAUCGUUUGACGCCUUCUGACCAGGCCUUGGUGGACUGGAUUUAGAU